AUGGAUGGCUGCGAUGGAGGAGAUGAUCAGGCUUCCGGAUGGAUGCAAGUCAAAAAGAAACACCGAAGCAAUUUGAAAUUCUCACUACAUGGUUGGGUUGAAGGGCUCUCUGGAAAACAGAGGCCUAGCAGUCUAAACAAUCGACCUUCGUUGGGCCUGAUCCUGGAGAAUAACAGAAACGAAGCCCAACCACUGACUGCAAGUGAAGUUUAUACUGUGCGUGAUGUGAAUAAUGUCUCAAACCCGACUUCCAUCUCUACAGAGGAUGAAGCAGUGGGCCACUGCCUUGACAAAUGUGUUAUUAGUCACAAUAAUGAGGACACAAACAUUGAAAAAUCCAGGCGCAAUGUAGCUGUCAAUCAGGAAAGUACUCCCAAAGAUAAUGUCCCUAAAAUCAAAUGGGGUGAUUUGGAUGAAGGAACACUCAUGCAUUAUGGAAAAUCUCCUUCAGGUGGAUUUAAAUUUGGGGAAAUUAGGACUCGUAAUGUGGUAUCUGUGAAGGCUGAAAGUGCUGGUUUGUGUGUCGAUCCACAUGGUCUUGAGGACAACAAAUUUAUACAGACAGCAAUUUGUGAGGGUGAGGUUCUUCCAGAGUCUCAGUUCCUGUCUUCAAGUAUCACAUCAGUUGAGGAAACCACUAAAGAGGCGAAUAAAGUGUCUAUAGAGGACGUUAAAGACCAAGUCUGCAGUGAGAAAGUGGUUAAUCAGAGUAGCCGACCUUGGGAAAAUAAUUCAUGCACAGAAAACAAAGACAUGACAAUGAUGAAAACAGAAAACAUUAUAUCCAAAUCAGGAGUUCAAUCUAUUGACAAAGUUUUAAGCAUGGUCACAACUACUGUACAUUCUGACACACAACCAGAAGAGAAUGAAGAACAAGGAAUUCACGAGGAAUCUCAAUUGAUGGUUUCAGAUGAAGAUUCUAGGGAUCGAGAACUUAAAGAAGAUUCUAAUGAUGUAUCAGAUGCCCAGGAUAUAGAUACAAACAAUGCAGAUGAUACAGGUGAAAGCAAAGAAAGAUUCAGAGAACGUCUCUGGGGCUUUCUUUUUGAGAACCUGAAUAGGGCUGUAGAUGAACUAUAUCUUCUUUGUGAACUCGAAUGCGAUCUGGAUCAAAUGAAAGAGGCAAAUCUUGUUCUUGAAGAAGCUGCUUCAGACUUUAGAGAACUAAAGUCGAGAGUUGAGAAGUUUGAGAAAUUGAAAAGGUCCUCGUCAAAUGGAGGAGCUGAUGGAGCUCCUUUGGUAAUGCAGUCUGAUCACCGCAGACCACAUGCCCUCUCAUGGGAGGUCCGCCGAAUGACAACUUCACCACGCAGGGCAGAGAUUUUGUCUUCAUCUCUUGAAGCUUUUAGGAAAAUACAACAAGUGAGAAAUAGUGAAUGUGCCAACAGUUCUAAGAAUUUGGUGGCUUCAUAUUCCAAUUUUGGAACAACAGAUAUGUCGAACAUAGGUAAGUUUGCUAAUAAAUAUGAUUUAGUGGGCAAUUCUGAAGAACUGACAGUAAAACAGUCAAGUCAGACAGGAGCCUCAAACAUAUCUCAGUCCACAACUAAAGAAAAGAGAAACUCUGACUCGGGGAGAUCAGCUACUGUUGCUUGUUCAAGUCGAAAGAACAAUCAUGAACUGCAUGAGAAGAAAAACAAAACCUUAGUGGACCAAACUGUUGAGAGAAAUCCAAGGUCAGCUGAUCCUUUGAGAAGGCAGAUUCCAUUCCAUGAGAGAGAAAGAGAAAAAAGAAAUGGAAGUUCAUCAAAGUCGAUGGAUGCUUGGAAAGAGAAAAGGAAUUGGGAAGACAUUCUUGCAUCUUCUCAUCGUUUAUCUUCUCGUUUCUCUUAUUCACCGGGCAUGAGCAGGAAAAGUGCUGAGCGAGUUCGUGUUUUGCACGACAAACUUAUGUCUCCUGAGAAAAAGAAAAAAUCAGCACUCGAUCUUAAGAAAGAUGCCGAAGAGAAACAUGCCCGGGCCACUAGAAUCAGGUCUCAGCUCGAGCAUGAGAGGGUUCAGAAGCUUCAAAAGACAUCAGAAAAACUGAACCGUGUUAAUGAAUGGCAAACCAUUCGAAGCAAUAAGCUGCGAGAAUCAAUGUUUGCCCGCCACCAGAAAAGUGAGUCUAGGCACGAAGCUUAUUUAGCCCAGGUUGUGAGAAGAGCCGGUGAUGAGAGCAGCAAGGUUAAUGAGGUGCGGUUUAUUACCUCACUUAAUGAAGAGAAUAAAAAACUUAUUUUGCGCAAAAAACUUCAGGAUUCCGAGUUGAGGAGAGCGGAGAAGCUUCAAGUGAUAAAAAUUAAACAAAAGGAGGACAUGGCUCGAGAAGAAGCUGUUUUGGAGCGUAAAAAGAUUAUUGAAGCCGAGAAAUUGCAGAGACUUGCAGAGACUCAGCGAAGGAAGGAAGAGGCUCAAGUCAGAAGAGAAGAAGAAAGAAAAGCGUCGAGUGCAGCACGCGAAGCUAAGGCUAUGGAACAAAUGCGAAGGAAGGAAAUUCGAGCCAAAGCUCAGCAAGAGGAAGCUGAACUCUUGGCUCAAAAAUUAGCUGAAAGACUCAGUGAAAGCGAGCAACGACGGAAAUUCUAUCUAGAACAGAUUCGGGAAAAGGCUUCAAUGGAUUUUAGGGAUCAAUAUUCACCUUUAUUUCGACGAGUGGUGGGUAAAGAUGGCCAACCCCAGAGUAGAUCGACUCUGUCUAGUAAUGGAGACGAUAAUGUGGCCAAUGAUGGUAACUAUGGAUCAGGAACACCUGGUGUUUUAACCCGCGAAUCAUUGCAGCAAUCUCUAAAGCGAAGGAUUAAAAAAAUCCGGCAAAAACUUAUGUCACUGAAACAUGAGUUUCCUGAGCCUUUAUCUGGGCUUGAAAGUUCUAGUCUUGGGUAUAGGACUUCUGUUGGCACUGCAAGGGGGAAAAUUGCUAGGUGGCUUCAGGAUUUGCAAAAACUUCGCCAAGCGAGGAAAGACGGGGCUGCUAAUUUUGGAUUGAUAACUGCUGAAAUGAUCAAGUUCUUGGAAGCAAAGGAUGCUGAGUUGCAGGCUGCUCGCCAAGCUGGUCUUCUUGAUUUUAUUGCUUCUGCCCUGCCUGCGUCUCACACAUCUAAACCUGAAGCCUGCCAAGUUACUAUAUACCUUUUAAGACUUUUGAAGAUUGUUCUGGCAACAUCAGCAAACAAGUGUUAUUUUCUUGUACAGAAUCUCUUGCCACCAGUUAUCCCAAUGUUAGCAACAGCCCUCGAGAACUAUAUCAAGAUGGCGGCAUCAUUAAAUUUACCUGGUCCAACUGAUUUUAUCUCGAGUAAAACCUCAACUGGAAAUUUUGAGUCGAUUUCUGAAAUCGUGGAUGGUUAUUUGUGGACUGUUGCAGCAAUUAUUGGCCAUGUAAGCCAGAAUGAGUACCAACUACAGAUGCAGGAUGGAUUGGUGGAGCUUGUUAUUGCAUACCAAAUUAUUCACAGGCUCCGAGACCUUUUUGCACUUUAUGAUAGACCACAGGUGGAAGGUUCGCCAUUUCCUUCCUCUAUUCUCCUGGGCAUUAACUUGUUGACAGUUUUGACAUCCAAAUUCAGAGAAUCAUCUUUUAUAGAUUGGGAUUCUUUUACUACUGAUGAUAUGCUAGGAAGUGAACUUGUGCAGAAGACAGAACCUCCUGGUUUUUUAGCUUGUAGUGAAUCUAGUGUAGAUGGCAGGCUUAUUCUGCCAACUGGUCCCUUAACAAGAGAUUUGCCAGAUGUACCUGAGGGUAUUCCACUAAGAGAGCUUCCUAAUAAUAAAGGAACUAGUAGUGUGAAUCUUAUUUCUGAUAACUCUCAUGAGGUUGAGCUAAGUGCUUCUAAAGUCCCGAAAGUAGAUCUCAUGGAUGGGUCUCUUAGAGUUACAACAGAAGAUAAACAUGAGUGCGCUGUUACUCAGAAGGGUAGAAGUAACUCUGCAGGCAAUAGCCUAGAACAAAACAAUGGAAAUGGCUCCAAUUUGAAGCACCCUGCAACAUUUCUUCUUUCAGCGAUAUCGGAGACUGGCUUAGUCUGCCUUCCUUCCAUGUUAACUGCUGUACUGUUGCAGGCUAAUAACCGGCUGUCUGCUGAACAGAACUCAUAUGUCCUGCCAUCUAAUUUCGAGGAAGUAGCAACUGGAGUUCUGAAGGUACUGAACAAUCUAGCUCUAGUGGACAUGACUUUUAUCCAGAAAAUGCUGGCUCAGCCAGACCUCAAGAUGGAGUUCUUUCACCUGAUGGGUUUUAUCCUAUCUCAUUGCAUCAGCAACUGGGGAGUAGCCACUGAUAAGAUCGGCAUGUUGUUGCUGGAGUCGCUGUCCCUUCUCGGGUAUUUUGCGCUAUUCCAUCGUGAGAACCAAGCUGUUCUUCGCUGGGGAAAGAGCCCCACCAUUCUUCACAAGGUGUGCGAUUUGCCUUUCGCAUUCUUCAGUGAUCCAGAAUUGAUGCCUGUAUUGGCGGGCACAUUAGUUGCUGCUUCCUACGGAUGCCCACAGAACAAGGCCGUUAUUCAGCAGGAGCUGAGCAUGGAUAUGCUCCUCCCGUCUCUCAAAUCGUGCAAAAGUAGUCUUCCGGUGGAAUUUUCUUGUGAGUCGAAUCAGGCAGGACCGGAGAGAAAAGCUCGGUCGGACCCAACUCAGAGAUCUAAUCGGAACAAUUCGAGAAGCAGUCGUGCUGUUCCCAUCAGAGGUGGGCUCGCCCAAGCUGGCGGUAGUAUCCGAGCUCUCAAGUCGAGAAACCUGAAGGUGGCGAAGACUAGUGAGGAAAUGCAUGUGGGCCCUAACGCUGCCCAAUCUGCACCUGAAACUUCCACCCUCAUGCUGCACUCUAGAUUUCCUGUGAACUUCCUCGACAGAGUCCAACAGUUUUUCAUGGCAGAGAUUGAUAUUGGCUGUUUCUGA